AAAAAUGCACUUUAAACAACUACACAAGUUUCUUCCCAACAAAUGCUUGAGCAUAGACCCUCUUUCUUUACAAAUCUUUUGUUUGAAUUUGGCUGAAGAAAUAGCAGGUACUAUAUUUGAAUCUUUCUUCUAUUCAUAUUGUUCAUUCUAGUCAAGUUCCUGAUAUUAUACCAACAGUGUAUUUAGUUCAUGAAUUAAUGUCCCAGAAAUUUUCAGGAGACAAUAUGUUGACCAUCGGAUCACAAAUCCAUGAUUGCUAUGAGCACUAUGAGUUGAAAAAAUAUGCAAAGUUGUUCAGCUGCGACGGCUGCAAGAUGAAAGGGUUCGGAGAAAGGUACGUGUGCAAUCUCUGUGGUCAAGAACUGCACAAGGAGUGUAGGCACCCCACAUCUGAAGUUUCCCACGAGAAUUUUGGUGGCUCCAUCUUCACAUUUCUCGAUAAGCCAUUCACCAGAUUGGGUAAAAAGGAUCGCAGAGUGUUUUCAAAGUGCUGCGAUGCAUGUGGAAAGGACAUAUGCGGUUUUAACUACCACUGUGAAGAAGACAACUUGGAUUUACACCCGUGUUGUCGAAAACUUGAAAAGAAACUAGUGAUUGAUGGUACGAUAUUUGAUCUCGAGACCAAGGUUUCGUCAAGGUGUGGAAAGUGCGGGAAGAAGAAGAUUUCUCGUGACGAGAAAAAUGUUCUGGGAUGGUCUUAUGUUUCCCAGUGCAAAAAGUAUCAUUUUCAUGUGUAUUGUAUAACUGAAAUGGUACAAGAGGCUUCCAUGAGGCAUGGGAACUUGGCGUUGGAGAAUAUGGAUUUAAGAGAAUUGGUUAGAUAUAAUAGAAACAGAGGGGGUAGAAACACCUUCCUCACGAAGAUCAAAUCGUUUAUCAAAAUUCUAUUAUCUGUUCUUCUAGGCGAUCCAACUAUGCUGAUUUCCAAUGUCGCCGUGGAGCUGAUCUCGCUUGGCAUUCAACAAUAGUGUUUUUUCCUUCCUUUCUGGUCUGUUGUGUAGAGUGGUGGGUGGGGGGUUUUGUUGAAGGUGUGAAAAUGUUUGCAUAUAAUA